AUGCCAUCGACACUAUUCCUUGGUCAAACUUUGAAAGGCCGGACGGGGCUUUACACCAUCCGAAAACAACUUCAGGACUGUGUCUGGCUUGCGACGAAUGAGUCUGCGCAGAAAGUCAUCGCAAAGAGUGUCCGGCACUUUCGAUUACAGAAUGAGCGAGAUAUCCUACUUCGUUUUCAACGCCGUACUUCUGCUAUCCGCCCACUCAUUGAGGAGCUCAAAGAUACUAAUUCCCCUCCGACACUCAUUCUAAAAUACCUCGAUGACGAUGUUCUUAAUGCAUCGAACAAACAACGGCUUACUCAUUCCGAGGUGGUGUUUGUCGCAAGAAAGAUGCUCGAAGCACUUGCCGUCUUGCAUGAUGAGGGAUUUGUACACACUGAUAUCAAACCAAGCAACGUAUUAGUGAAUUACGGUCAACUUGAUCUUCGUUUUCAAGAUGUUCAGCUGGCAGAUUUUGGAAGCACCGUUCACGUGGACUCCGUUCAUGCGCAACGUGGCGACCCUAUCGGCACUCCUAUUUUCAGAAGCCCUGAGGCUCACCUUGAAAUGAAAUGGGGUACUGCAACAGAUAUUUGGUCAUUUGGUGCAACGGCAAGUUUCAACAUCGCGGCAGGAGACCUUGGAGCGAAUAUUAACGUUUAUGUAAGCAAACAGCUUAUCAGCCUCCUCUACGGGUCUGGAUUUCAUAUUUUCAAGCCGGAUGUUCCUCCAGAUCAUGACGAGUACGAUGUCAAAAUUCUUCUGAAGCAUCAUAGAUGCUUCGGCCCAUUUCCAGAGUCGUAUGAACAGAUCGCGGACCAACAACGGUUAGCAGUUCUUACUUGGGUCAUGCAGAACAGUCCACCGGAGACUCUACAGCCAUUUCAUCUUACCACUACUGAGGAAAUCUGUCAAGAUGAUAAGAAAGUUGUGCUAAGGAUAAUGAGGCUAGACCCUCGAGAUAGGCCAUCUGCACGACAACUAUUAGAAGACCAGUGGUUUAAUCAGUCUUGA